GGUUUUCAUUUUCUAUUCCCCCCAAAACGUAAGUAUAGGCCGAGUCGGCGGAUCUCAGUAUUUCACGCGUCUUUAAAUAUAGACCUUACCCUCACCAUUACUUUCUCAUCUCUCUCUCUCUCUUCGAUUAGCCAAUACGAAUCGUGAAAAACACGAAAUUUAGGGUUCUCUUCUUCGUCUCUCGUUUCGAUUCCGUUUGAUUUCGCGCCACAAAAGAGGUUCCUUAGGCGUGAUACGAAACCUAGGUUCGAUUAGUCCCUGUCCGUAUCUGUAUCUGUAUCCUUGUCCGUGUCCGUUUUACUGUUUAACCGAUUCGAUCUGAGAAAGGGGAGAAAAAACGAUGUCGCGAUAUUUCACAUCUCCACCGCCUGUGUAUGCGAGGAACUGGGCGAACGGUCAGAACUUGGUCGAAUCGACUAAGAUCGAGAGACAAAUAGUCGAUUCUAAAAAGGUGCACCGGAAAGAGAAGAAGGGGAAAAAGAGAGAAAAGAAACAAACGAAUGAGAUAUCCCUUACACUGCAGUAUGUGACCCCUAGUAGCAAGCAAGUCUCUGAUGAAUCGGAACAGCUUGAGAAGAGUUGUUUGACAGAAGAACACCAUGUUGGGUAUUUGUCUGAUGGUAGCCAGAAUAGUAAGAAGAGAAGAAGGGAAGCUUCUCCUGUUGUCGAGAGUAAUGUCACAGCUACGCCUGUUGCUGGUAAGCCACUACGGAUACGUUUUGUCUUGAAGAAACCGAAAGAAGCUGAGGUUGUUGUGCCUCAAGAGGAUCUUGUUUGCUCCACUUCGGGGAUUGUUCGACCCAGCGAAAUAGCAAGUUCUGUGUCUGGUCAUGCUGAGAAUCAGCUUUCGACUUCUCUUGAGACUGCAUUUUCUUCCGAGUCAAAGAAGAGAAAGAAACAUAGGACUAGCAAAGAAUGUCGGUAUAAUUCAUUGUUUGAUGAAUGUGUACUUCCCUCCAUUUCGAUGGAGGAAGACGAUGAUUGGCUUUUUGGUGCAAGGGCGCAACAAGAGAAGUCUUCUACUAUGAAGAUUGGUGAAGGCGUGGCCAUUAGCUUGCAGAAGUCAGGAGGUUCCUCUUUGCCUAGAGCUCAGUUUUUAUCUGAUGUGGGAAUUUUUUCAUUACCAUAUACAGUCCUAUUUUAGGUCUCCGUAUUCUUUUGUUCUUUCACAGCUUAGCCUUAGGCCUUAGCUUUGUACAGUUCCACUGAUUGUAACAAUCACAAAGAUCAAUAAUAAUUGAAUGAUCUCUGUAUUUUUUUUAUCUUCGUCUACAUAAAUUAUUGCAACCAAAA